UUUAAUCGAUCCAAUUAUGUUUUUAAGUUUAAAAUUCAAUGAAGAAACCACACACCAAAUAGAAAAGAUUUCAUUUUGACGCGAGUGAUGCAAUAAUUCAUGAGCAUUAUUGAUGGUAGAAUGCCAAUAAACCAAACAAGAAUCAUUAAAUCAGACAAAUUGGAUAAGAUUGUAAAGCGGAUAAUAAGGUUGAUUCACCACUUGGAAAAAUAACGAGAAAGGAGGAGGGAACACCAAUUAAACAACGUUGCUAUCUCCUCCUAUCUGUAUCUUUAACCACUAUAGAUACAAAAAUGGAAAGAAAAAUGGAACAACACAAAUAGAAAGGUGCAAGAUUGGAGUUUCUACCGGACCCACUUCUCCUUUUCCCAUGGAGAGCCUUUGUUACAGUUCAUCAGGGGAAGUGGAGAAUGCAAUUCAUGAAUCUUCCCUCUGAUCUUUAACCUAUUCAAAGGGGAGGACUGCACUUGUUGCAGUUACGGGGCGCUUCGUUGUUCUUAAUGCCGUGCUAAGAGAUUUAGAGACUGAAUUGCUAUAAUGGGUGGUUGUGUAUCAUCUCCAUAUAUAGCAACUAAACCGUCAAAAAGUAGUAGACGAAGGAGGUACCAUGGACCCUCGAAAAAGAGGCAUGUGAAAUCAGCUUCAGAGGUAAACAGGAUACGGAAUAGUGAUGCAGGAGCUCGAGUAUCUACAGUUAGUGAAUUUGUUCACACGACUGCCAAAUGCAGAACAUCUCCAGUCUCUAAUUCCUCUUUCCAUCUCACUCAGCUGCAAUUUCACCACAGUCAAAGUGAUGUCAAUGCAAUCUACCAGGAAGAAUGGUUUGACACACUCAGUUUACUGGAGUCCGACUCCGAUGAUGACUUUAGUAGCGUUCAUGGAGAUAAUGGCCCAUUUACAAAUGGAAGAGUUCUUCAUUACGAAGUAGAUAGCAAGAGUAAUCUUAAAGAGUUGUUCUCAAGCAAAGAUGGAGUAAUGCUAAUAGAUGCCCAAAGAAAAGGGCAUCCUGGCUUAGUGCAGAGUGAAGAUUCUGGUGCGGUGAAGACACUAAAACUAGACCAGGCCUACUUAAGUUUUAAUGGUAUUAAAGUUCAUGCGAACGACCAUGAUGAUAAGACGUCGGAGACCCUAUUGAAAUCUGUCUUGCCGGCAUUAGUUUCCACCUUAAGUUUCAACGACAAGAUGCACAAGGCAGUAAAUUCUAUUCCACAAUCUCAGAAGAAUUCAGCAACUAUUAUUAGGCUCUCCAUACAAAAAGAGGCUAUUGAGGAAGAAACAAAUGAAUUUUGUGCAUCCACAACAAAAUAUCUUUAUCGCCCUAGAGCUGGCUUAUUGAUUCCUUGUACUCCUAACGGGGAGCCGACUCCUGGAAGUUGGUCUGAGAUUUUGCCAUCCACUUUCAAGCUCCGUGGACCUAGCUAUUUCAAAGACAAGAAGAAGAAUCCUGCAGCAGAUGUCACUCCUUUCAUUCCAAUCGGCGUAGAUCUUUUUGCAUGUGAGAGAAAGAUUAACCACAUUGCCCAGCACAUGGAACUGCCUUGUAUAAAAUCAGAAGGGGGAGUUCCCCCACUGCUAAUUGUCAACAUUCAGCUUCCCACAUAUGCACCUUCUAUGUUUCUUCAUGAAGGGGAUGGGGAUGGCUUGAGCCUUGUGCUAUAUUUUAAGCUCUCGGAGACUUUUGAGACAGACGUAUCUCCCAAUUUCCAAGAAAUGAUCAAGAGAUUGAUCGAGGACGAUAAGGAAGUUGUUAGAGGCUACAGAAAAGAAUCAAGUAUUCCUUUCAGAGAAAGACUGAAAAUCAUGGUUGGGGUGGUUAAUCCUGACGAUCUCGUCUCAAAUAACACCGAGAGAAAACUUCUUAACGCGUACAAUGAAAAGCCUGUUCUUUCUCGCCCUCAGCACAGCUUCUAUGAGGGUCCCAACUACUUUGAGAUUGAUCUUGACAUCCAUCACUUCAGCUUCAUAGCAAGGAAGGGACUUAGUGCAUUUCGCGAGAGGUUAGGCAAUGGAAUACUGGAUCUUGGAUUGACAAUUCAGGCUCAGAAGCCAGAAGAGCUGCCGGAGCAAGUCUUAGGCUGUGUGAGAUUGAACAAGAUUAGCUUUGUCAACAAUGGUCAAAUACCAACAGUCGUGAGGCUAGAUGACGACUGAGUCUAGUAUGCAUUUCACGAAAAAAAUGGUUUACAGCAGCCAUUUUCUACUAGCAGUGUUGGAGGUCCAGGCAAUCACAUUACCAAGUUUGAUGAUGUACAUUAUGCAUUACCAGUAGAGACUGAAUGCAACUACUUUCCAAAAUUGGAAUUCUCAAUGGCUUCUUUAGACAUAGUAUUGUCUCAGAAAUUUCUUUCUAUUCUCUGUUUAUGCAUACUUCUGUAUCAUGACACUUAUCAUAAGUAGAAUUUUGUUGUUUACUUCAUCAAUUUUGAAAUGGUUAUGCGCCAAUAUGAAAUAUUGCACUUGA